AUUUUUUACGUCAGUCAAUAGUUAUCUAGACAUUUAAAGUGCCGCCAAUGAAUAGAUAGGGAAAUAAUUUUGGUUUUUUGGCCAUAUAUAUAAACCCGAGAACAGUUUAGAAGUACAGUGAAAAAACUGCAACAGUUUAAAGAGAUCAGUUGUCAAAUUUUAACGCAAUGGAAUCUUUAAAAGGUUUUGGAAUGCUUGGGCUUUUUUUGGUGUACUUAUUGUUCCAAGUGAACAGUACUUAUGCCGAGGGAAUCGCUGAGUUGAAACAAGAAGAAGCUGAGACGAUCAAGAAGAUAUAUUCGAAUAAAGUUGUUGAUGAUUCUGAUUUGGUACCAACAAGAUUGUCUUUUAUUGAAAGAGGAGCCAAUCGUUUAAAAAAUUGUAAGGUACUCAAAGGAGUUAAGGAAGGUAUCGUGAAAGUAAGAGCUGGAGUCAGAAAAUUAGGCUCCUGGAUAUUCAAGCCAUGGAGAAGUGAUGAUCAUCCAUCAGAAGCUCCACAGCCUGAUCCGAAGAAAAAAUUCAAUGAGUUAAUGAGCAAGCACAAAAGCAAGCUUAAAGCAAUAUUUCCCGGUACUCGUUGGUGUGGUGACGGCAAUAAGGCUAGCAAUUACGGAGAAUUGGGUCUGUUUAAGCAUACCGAUGCCUGCUGUCGACAACAUGACAACUGUCCAUUGGGAAUCGGAAGUGGAAAGAGCUUAGGACCUUUGUUGAACAAUGCUGGAUUUACAAGAUCCUGGUGCGCUUGCGACCAAGAUUUCUACAAUUGUUUGAAAGCAGCAAAUAACCCAAUUGCUAGGAAAAUUGGUGUUACUUAUUUCACUGUUUUAGGACCUCAAUGCAUCGAUUAUAACUAUCCAGCAAAGUGCACUAAUUUAACAAGCAAAUUCGAUAUAACAGGCAGAAAAUGUCUUGAAUACGAGUAUGAUCAAACUAAAGAGAAAGUUUUACAAUGGAAGGACACUCCUAAUUAUGUUGAAGUGCUCAACGGUUGAAAAGUGAUAAAAAAUCAAUUUCCUUUAUCAAAAUCGUCAAUUUAAAUUAAAAAAAAUUUUUUUUUCUUUU